UAUGCACCCGUGUCUGCCCUAUAGUGAUGACGGGUGGGCUGAAGUUGCUCCUGGUCCCAUUCGUCGGUGGCCCUGGCUGAGCGACUCGUCGUGGUCGGGAUUCGCCCGUGUGCCGCGCUUGCCCUGCGGAACGUGCAAAAGGGUCAAAACCCUAGCCGCCAGCAGUUCUCGUCAAGCCUCCGCCCCGGCCCCUCCCUGCUCUCUCCUCUCCCACGCCGCCACCCUCGAGCCCGCGCCACCUCCACCUCGUCUCCUCCCCGCUUCCAACUCUCCAACGCUGCCGCCCUCAAUGCCUCGUAAGGGACGCUGUCGACACGUCGGGGAUACGCAGCGACGGAGCUCAGCCGGAGCACAGCAGAAACCCACUCCUAACCCUAUUCGCUCGAUUGACAAGAGCAGGGCAACAGAUUGGAUCGAGGGCGCCUUGGCCUGGCCUGGCCGCCGCUGCCACCUGGAUUCACUAGCCGAUGUGUGGAGUUGCCCUGGCCGCCGCCUCGAGUCACCUCCGUCGCCGCCGCGAGUCAGCUCCACCAUUGGCGCCAGGAAUCUCGUCCCAACAAGGAAAAUUCCUAGGGAUUUGAUUGAUGGAGGCAUCACUAUUUGGCGCUGGAUUAUCCAUUUUUGCAGCACCAACAAUGUUGUUUUUGUUUGGAAUGGCCAAUUCUCAAUUUCUAAAUCAGCUAUGCUAUACUUCUUGUCAGGUUACAUUACCUUGCUUGGUUUUCAAUCUAUAUGUAGCACAAAAAUAGGUGACAUGGUUGGUUUGUAGGUUACACUAAGGAACACCACCAUAAGGAAAAGGGCAUUGCACUUCUUUGUUUAUAUUUGGUCUGUUCCUAUUCGGUUUGCUGUAGUACUUAAUUGCUACACCAUUUCAAGUUUCUUGCCGUUUCAUUGUAUUCAGUUAUGAUAUAUUUUUCAACUAUACAAGCACUUGGGGAAGUCAGGAAAACUGAACCAAAGACAAACACUUUUACUGGUGAUGUUGGUGCUUUUUUUAACUGGGAUGUGAAAGAUGCAUCUUAUCCCCUGAGAUAUAUUGCCUUUAAUUUCUUGAUUUUUCCCUGACAUGCUAAUAUAGAGCCAGAUAUGCAUGAUUCAUCAUACACAUUACAGUCAAUUAUCCAUUGGACUCUUUUGUCCAUAGAGGUGAUUUUGUUUGGACCAAUAGUCUAGGUAGUGACAUUUUGAUCGAUAAGGCACAAGUUUAUUUUCUUUUUCACUUGGGCCACACUAAAGUAAGAAUCACUGUCAGUGAAAAGAAGGCAUACAAAUCAUGAAGUUUUUGCCUUGGUUGUGUCUGUGUGCCUCGUUUAGUUGUCACUUAUUUAUUUCUAGGAAGUUAUUCAAUUCUUAUCGAGCUUUCCUUAUGCUUUCUAUUACUAAAGAAGAAAUUUAAAUACGCAAGAUUUUUAAUAUCUGGGGAGGUGAGAGGAGAUGAAAAAGGGCUGUAAGGGCGUACUUUGGUGCAUCUCUGGCAAAUGAUGUCUGGAUCCAUCUGACGCUCUUCCAAGCAGAGCAGUGCAGAUUUGCUGACUGGUACAACAUCUAAACCUUGGCUACUCUAGCUUCUUUUUACAUCUCUUAGUAUCAACAAAUAAGUAGGUUACAAUAUAUACUUGAAGAUUGCAGCAGGCACAAAAUGCUUGGCUAACCAGACAGUUAAUUGAGUUGUGCCUAUGAAGGGUCAGUAGAGUAGUUGGUUUUUUCUAAAAUAAAUGAGGAUUAGUUUGGUUGCCAUGUGACGGUAAGGCCAGAAUGGUGGUACUGAAAAGUGGUUCUGUAAUGGUCAUAUGUGUUCUAGAGUUGGAACUUGAUUCUUUUUAAGUUGGAGUGGCUAGGUUGUCUAUAUGUAUUGCAUUAUUUUUCUACAGUGUACUGCUCUUUCUAAUGAUUUUUUAAAGUUCAGUAUUUAAGUUUACGGCAUUAUUCUGCGGCUUACUGUUCUUUCUACAGCAUACUGUUAAUAUCUUAUGCUUUUCAACAUUACACGGUUGAAACCUUCUGUAUAAGAUCUUGCGCUUUCAACAUCUGCUCAUGGCGCUGUAUGUAUUCUGCUAUGAACUGUUUACAUUAUAGAGAGUUGUGGUAAUGACAUUUGUACGAUUCCUUUUAGCUGAUGUUGGUUGCUCAUACUGACAAAGGUGCGCGUUAACAAAUGAUUGCAGAGCAGUGGAGAAACAUGUUUCUACGAAUGUGCCAAAACUGGUGGAUUUAACUACAGGUAUUGCACCAUUAUUCUACAGGUAUUGCCGUAUUGCAUUAUCCAACUAUAAAUUUGUUCUAAACUCUAAGCCCCAUGUAAAUCUGAUGGAAUAUUGGGCCAUUUAAUUUGAACCAAAAAGGGUAGUAUGCUCUCAGUUGCUUGAAUCUGUCAAGACCUGAAAAUUAGAUAUACUUUGAAAGCUUGAUAUAUGAGUAGGAGAUAGUUGAUAAAGGUGUACCUGUUGUAGGAGAUUAUUAGUUGAUUACCUGCUUCUAUGCGGUGAACAAAUGAGUAAGCAAUUUUAGUUGAUAAAGGUGUAGGCAACGCACCUUUUUUCUUCAUUUUUUGUUUUGUACAUCAAAGAUGUUUAGCCUUUCCUGAAUAUCUUAAUUGUAAAACAGUCUUGAUGCAAUUUUUGAACCAUUCAGUCUGUUUUGUUCGUGCAGUUCAUGGUACCACAUCUGCAGGCUACAUCUUGUGUAGAUUUGGCUACCACAUUAUAUGAUGAUGUUUCACUUUGCUCAGUCAAAAUUUCAGAAAAAAUUUGAAUUGAACAUCUUUUUGUAGACAUACAAAAAUGGUCAGCAUUUUCUACAUCGCCCUGAUAACCAAUUCAAGCUAUUUUCUGCCUAAACUGUUGCGUACCUAUGAGAUGAGAUCAUGGGAUAACUCACGCAUGAGACCUGUGUAUUAUACUCCCUCUGAUCCAAAUUAAGUGUCGUGGAUUUAGUUCAAAAACCACGACACUUAUUUUUGAUCGGGGGGAGUAGUAUUUAAGAGAUUCCUUGCAUAUGCAUGAUUCAGAAAAGUACAGUGUGGGAUGCCCUUAUAAACUCAUGAAAUCUGAUCCUGACAGUGACAUGAUUUACUCUGUUUGAUCGAACAGGUCGAAGCCAAAGCUGUUUUUAUUUAAUCUGAUGAUGUCCCUGCUGCUUGCAGCUGUAAGCAAGGAAAUUGACUACAAGUUUCAAUGUCAACCUGAAUUUUUAUUGUGGAUGUUUGAGCGCCAACCUAGAUUUUGUUUAAGCUACUACAAAAAGAACUUUUAGGAUGAUUAGCUGUAGUACUGUGACAAAUAAUCAGGAAAGAUUAUUUUGUAGGAUGAUCAUUGUAUUCCAUAAUAAUAUUAUAGCCGCUGGCCGAACAAUGAAGGUUGCACUGCAACUACUCGACUACAAGUUUUAUGUGGAGUUUUGUUGUACAACCUGCACGAACUCAGUGAGAUCAGGAAUCAUCAUUGCUCA